CAGUCUUGUGCUCAAUUUAAUUCGCGGCUUGCAUUUGUCGCUUCGUUCACGUCACGUAUGAUGUUAAAUCAAUCGCCGGGAGGUAAAGUUUUAGUUUAAUGUGUGACGAAGUGUAACGAACGUCAAUAACCGUGCGCGCGCGUUUCCGUGUGUACCCUGGACUCUAGUGUGUAGGUGUGUGCAUCGACAUCUUUUAAAAUAUUUCCAUUGUUAAGGUACGUGUAAACAUAUCCUGCUACGAAUUCGCAGAUAUUCAACAUGGAUACUAAAACUCUUCCUAGUCUCUUAAGUCUAAAAGUAGCUCCUCCGUCGGAGUUACAAAAUCAAAAUAUUGACAACGGAGUUGUAGAAGGGGACAGUAAUUCCGUCAAGCUUCCGGCUGCAUUGGAGCAAGCCUUGGCGUUCAAAACAGAGAGAGCCAAGGAAGUAGGUGGGGAUCCAAACGACGUACUUGCAAGUAAAUCACCGAAGGAUGACAGUGAGGAUGUCCCGCACAUAGAGGACGUCAUAACGGAAUUGGAGACGUCCACGGAGAAGAUAGAGGCGAAAACGAGCAAGAUGAAGAAGAAGAAGAAGUCGAAGAGGAAGAGGCACAACUUGGAUAGGAAAGAUGCAGAGCAGAAGAAAGAUAACGCGGAUGAGGCGAAGAGCAAGGAUGAUAUGCCUGAAAUAGAGUACAUACAAGAGAUACCGAGCAUAAACGACUUGGAGCCAAUGUACCGUCAAUUCGCUCGGGUCUUCGAGGCUUUCAAACUGGUGGAACCCGAGCCGAGUCCGAACGACGCGGCCGACAAGGGUGAACCUAUCGGGCAAUAUCCGCCAGUAGCCAGUAUACAGACCGCCGGUAGCGUGCCGAACAAGGUGCCGCUAUUGGACGACUUCGACGACGAGGCGAAUCAGCAGCAGCAGCAACAAGGCACCGGCGAGAACGGCACGCCGCGCCUGUCCAAGCGGAAACUAAAGCGGCUCACGCGACUCAGCGUGGCGGAACUGAAGCAGCUGGUGGGUCGUCCCGACGUCGUGGAGAUGCACGACGUCACCGCGAGGGACCCGAAGCUGCUCGUGCAGCUGAAGGCGCACCGCAACACGGUGCCGGUGCCGCGGCACUGGUGCUUCAAGCGCAAAUACCUGCAGGGCAAGCGCGGCAUCGAGAAGCCGCCGUUCGACCUGCCCGACUUCAUCAAGCGCACCGGCAUCACGGAGAUGCGCGCCAGCCUGCAGGAACGCGACGACACACGCACGCUGAAGGCGAAGAUGCGGGAGCGGGCGAGGCCGAAGCUCGGCAAGAUCGACAUCGACUACCAGAAGCUGCACGACGCGUUCUUCAAGUGGCAGACGAAGCCACGCAUGACCAUUCACGGCGACCUCUACUACGAGGGCAAGGAGUUCGAGACACGUCUGAAGGAGAAGAAGCCGGGCGAGCUAUCGGACGAGCUGCGCACCGCGCUCGGCAUGCCGGUGGGCCCGAACUGUCAGAAAGUACCGCCGCCGUGGUUGAUUGCGAUGCAACGGUACGGCCCGCCACCGAGUUACCCGAAUCUUAAGAUACCCGGCUUGAACGCGCCCAUUCCGGAAGGUUGCGCGUUCGGUUAUCACGCUGGAGGUUGGGGCAAGCCGCCGGUCGACGAGACUGGACGGCCUCUCUACGGCGACGUGUUCGGCAUCUCUCGUACGUCCGGCGCGGAUGCCAUGGACGAGGAGAUAGACCGCGGUAUGUGGGGCGAGCCUGAGUCGGAGUCGUCGGGUGACGAAGACGACGACGAGGACGGCGAGGAGGGCGGCGAGGCCGGCGAGAAUGACGGCAAGGACGCGGAUGGCGAUGCGAGCGGCCUGGUUACGCCGGGUGCGGAAGGUCUGAUCACACCCAGCGGUAUCACGUCGAUCCCGGCGGGCUUGGAGACGCCGGAGACGAUCGAGCUGAGGAAGAAGAAGAUCGAGAGCGAGAUGGAGGGCGGCGAUACACCCGCGUUGUACACAGUGCUGCAGGAACGUAGGACGGAGGGUCUGGGCGCCAGCAUGAUGGGCAGCACACACGUGUACGAUAUGACAGGCGCGGCAGGUGGCCAGGCGCCGCCUUCCGUCAUAGCUGCUCGUCGUGGCGGCGCGAUCGGCGCUGGCGGCCCCAGCGACGUCGCUAGGGCGGAGAAGGACGGCGCGGUGGAAUUGACAUUGGAUCCCAGUGAAUUGGACCUCGACUCCGAGGCGAUGGCGUCCAGGUACGAGGAGACGAUGAGGUCGAGACAGGCGCAUCUGAGGAGGGAGGAUCUGUCGGACAUGCUUCAAGAUCACGUGCAACGGCAGAAGAGUAAACGCAAACGCCAGCAAAUCCAGGAUACAAAGACGUCUAAGAAAUAUAAAGAAUUUAAGUUUUAAAAAUGUCAUGUCACCUUUCCGAUCAUGUAAUAAUAAUAAUAGUAAUAAUAAUAAUCUUUAUUAAUA